AACCCUUUUCCCUUCAAAGUGCUCAUUACUAAUGGCAUCCAACUCACUCUCUUCACGAAGCUCGAGCUCCUCAUGGACUCCUAAGCAGAACAAACAGUUCGAAAAGGCACUAGCCUUGUACGACAAGGAUACCCCUGACCGCUGGCAGAAGGUGGCCAGAGCCGUGGGAGGGAAGUCCGCGGAGGAGGUGAAGAGGCACUAUGAGAUUCUCAUUGAGGAUGUCAAGCACAUUGAGUCUGGUAGAAUCCCAUAUCCUGAUUACAGGAACAGUGACUAAUAGUUAAUAAGCCUUCACUUCUCCUCCUUAAGUUUGAAGUGCAAAGGCUCUUGAAGAAUCAAAGAUGAAGUUCAAGAAGCGAACUUGUGAAGAUUAGCAGAUGCAGAAUAUAUCAUAUAUGUGUGUAAAGAACCCGGUUGGGUAGUGUGCAAGUUAACCAUUGUAAUGGCUUUUGUUCCAAGUAAUCGUCUAUGAAAUUCAAUACCACUAUGAUUAUG